CCAAAGGGGGGUCCAGAGUCGUAGGUGGAUUGUCUACGGAGGCCAGCAAUCCUUCACUCGGCUUGCUACUCUCUCAGUUGCCAUAAAAGAAGAGGUUUCGUGAACAUGGACCAAUCGCCCAAUACCAACGCCACCAAUGGCAAUGAAACGGACAACGCAAGGACAGCAGCCUCUGCAAGGCAAGCAGCAGACUCCCAAGUAACCAUUCUGAGUGCAGUGAAGAUUGCUUACACCAUGCAACAUGCCAACCGCCCUGCAGAUGCCCCCAACAGGAACCGCCCCAUUGCUGCCAACAAUGACGGGGCUGAGAGGAUGGCAAGGUUGCAUGACAUCAUUUCCAUGGCCAUUGAUAUUGUGGAAGACGACUUUGACAGUUAAAAAUGAUAAGACAACAAUGUCUGUUAUUUGCUGUGCAAGAUUAGGCACUCAAAGAGGCGCUAAUGAAGGAUGGUGUGGCUGAGGGCCCCCGGCCCAACUGGGCUCCUUUUCUUCAAAGAUGAGGAUGGCCAGCUGGAUUGAAAGCUCGACAGUGUGAAGUCACUGGAUCAAAUUAGAGAAACGUAAACAUACAAUUACAUAUAAAGUAGUAGGCAAAC